ACGGGCCGCGGCAAGUCCAACCGCAACAAAUACCACAACACACAAAACAACCUACGGCAGAGCUCAAAAAGAUUGUUCAACGAACCGGAUGCCUCGCACCUGUUGCUUCAAUAAGCCCGCCCGGCUGUGCAGUGUGGUCGCCACGCUCGCAUGCUCAGGGCCGAGAGCCUUGUCAAUUGCAAGACACCGAUCAUACAGCGCCUUAGCCUCGGCGAGAUUACCCUGAAGUGUACACCACAGCGCAGCCGAGUCGCAACUUCGCUGGUUUCGCGUCGAAUGACAAGAAAAAACGCCAGCGGGGUUCAUUGGCUUCGGCGCUAUCACGACCAUGGUUCAACCGUCAACCAACAACCACGCGCCCAGGGCGCACCCCUUUUCCGCCCGAAAUCAACAGCUCCACCGUACCAACGGUCCGCCUCAUCCUACGCGCCCUGUCAAGCAAGCAACGGGCCGCACCUUGCUACUGUGCUUGGCGACGAGUGACGAGCCGCACCUUGUCCCUCAACUUCCGGAGCUCAUCUUUCGCAAAAUCUAUCACCAGGUCGUGUAGGUAGUAGGCGUGCUCUUCGACCUUCACGAGGGACUAGUCGACAAGGCCGUCCAGUAAACGCGUUGAAUCGUCAUGAUCCUUGGCACACCGACAAACCAAGCAAGACAAGCAGUGAGUAACACAAGUGGCGAAUGCAGACACUUCCUGAAAUGCAUGUGGAUCGAAAACCCCAUUACCCCGUGCACUCACCAGUUCCCACAAAUGAGCGACCAUGUCGACCGGGGCCCUUGCCCCCUUCGCC